AUGUUCAGAUCUGGGCGCGGGAGGAGGAGAUCUGGUGGCGCGGAAUCCAGAUCUGGGCGCGGAAUGAUCAGAUCUAGGCGCGGGAGGAGUAGAUCUGGUCGCAGGGACUCCGUGGGUGGGGCUAGAUCUGAGGAACGGGGAGGAAUAGAUGUGAGCUCGGGAGGAGUAGAUCUAAGCUCGGGAGGAGUAGAUGUGAGCUCGGGAGGAGUAGAUCUGAGCUCGGGAGGAGUAGAUCUGAGCUCGGGAGGAGUAGAUGUGAGCUCGGGAGGAGUAGAUCUGAGCUCGGGAGGAGUAGAUCUGAGCUCGGGAGGAGUAGAUGUGAGCUCGGGAGGAGUAGAUCUGAGCUCGGGGGGGAUAGAUCUGAGCUCGGGAGGAGUAGAUGUGAGCUUGGGAGGAGUAGAUCUGAGCUUGGGACGAGUAGAUCUCGCUUCCUCACAUCUCCCUGCUCGCUUCCUCACAUCUCCCUGCUCGCUUCCUCACAUCUCCCUGCUCGCUUCCUCACAUCUCCCUGCUCGCUUCCUCACAUCUCCCUGCUCGCUUCCUCACAUCUCCCUGCUCGCUUCCUCACAUCUCCCUGCUCGCUUCCUCACAUCUCCCUGCUCGCUUCCUCACAUCUCCCUGCUCGCUUCCUCACAUCUCCCUGCUCGCUUCCUCACAUCUCCCUGCUCGCUUCCUCACAUCUCCCUGCUCGCUUCCUCACAUCUCCCUGCUCGCUUCCUCACAUCUCCCUGCUCGCUUCCUCACAUCUCCCUGCUCGCUUCCUCACAUCUCCCUGCUCGCUUCCUCACAUCUCCCUGCUCGCUUCCUCACAUCUCCCUGCUCGCUUCCUCACAUCUCCCUGCUCGCUUCCUCACAUCUCCCUGCUCGCUUCCUCACAUCUCCCUGCUCGCUUCCUCACAUCUCCCUGCUCGCUUCCUCACAUCUCCCUGCUCGCUUCCUCACAUCUCCCUGCUCGCUUCCUCACAUCUCCCUGCUCGCUUCCUCACAUCUCCCUGCUCGCUUCCUCACAUCUCCCUGCUCGCUUCCUCACAUCUCCCUGCUCGCUUCCUCACAUCUCCCUGCUCGCUUCCUCACAUCUCCCUGCUCGCUUCCUCACAUCUCCCUGCUCGCUUCCUCACAUCUCCCUGCUCGCUUCCUCACAUCUCCCUGCUCGCUUCCUCACAUCUCCCUGCUCGCUUCCUCACAUCUCCCUGCUCGCUUCCUCACAUCUCCCUGCUCGCUUCCUCACAUCUCCCUGCUCGCUUCCUCACAUCUCCCUGCUCGCUUCCUCACAUCUCCCUGCUUGCUUCCUCACAUCUCCCUGCUUGCUUCCUCACAUCUCCCUGCUUGCUUCCUCACAUCUCCCUGCUUGCUUCCUGA